AUGGUAGUGGAGGUGGGCAAGCAGAUACCCGCCAGCCAAGAGACGUUUGCCGAUAUUGGACUUUCCAUCCCAAUUCUAGUCUUUGGGAGCAUCGCCCUCUACAAUGUAUUGGAACUCAACUACAUGAUUCUGGGGACAUUUAGGAGGAGAAAAGGCCUAUAUUUCUGGAGUCUCAUUGUGGCGGCAUGGGGCAUCGCAGUCAAUACGAUAGGCUACUUGCUCGAGCAUCUCCACCUCAUCUCGAAUGCUGCCUUGUACUCGGCUUUGAUCUGCAUCGGAUGGGUGUGCAUGGUCACUGGACAAUCUAUUGUCCUGUAUUCGAGGCUGCACCUCGUGCUCUCCGACGAUAGGAUACGCCGGGCCGUCCUAUAUAUGAUCAUAUUCGACGCCAUUGCCAUGCACGUUCCCGUUACCGUGCUAGUUUUCGGAUCCAACUCGAGCAACCCGGAACCUUUUUUCAGGCCCUACUCCAUCUAUGAGAAGAUUCAGUUGACUGUCUUCUUCAUUCAGGAGUGCAUUAUUUCAGGGCUCUAUGUGUGGGAGACCGUCAAGCUAUUGCGCGUCACACGGGACAUUCGCGGCAAACGAGGUGCACGCCGGGUACUAGGUCACCUUAUUUUCGUCAAUAUUGUCGUCAUCAUCCUCGAUAUCAGUGUGCUUGCGCUGGAAUUUUCCGACUACUAUGACCUCCAGACUGGCUACAAGCCAUUGGUAUACAGCAUCAAGCUCAAGAUGGAGCUCAGCAUCCUCAAUCGCUUGGUCGAGUUGACUCGUACAUCUUCGCAAGGGAGCUUUUCCUUCUCCAAUAGCAAUAGCAAUGGUAACGGCACCACCACCAUCGUCCCAGAGUCCAUUAUGCUGGAUACAUUGCAAAGCACUCAUCAAAGACGCGCUAGAUUCGACCUUGAGGGGCAAACCAUGAAUAACAAGUCAACAGGCGGCAGCGGUCAGUUUGGAGUAGCUUCGAAUAGUUCGAGGGUGCUGCGCGAAACAGAAUUCAAUACGGAGCCACGACCAAGGAGAGAUUGGACGAGCUCGAAGAAUAAUGCCGAGGGACCUUCAAACAGCUCCCUGUCGAGCGAGCGUGACGCUCGGUCAUUGGGUUCAACGACAUCUCUGCAUCAAUAUUUUGGUGUUACACAAUAG